AUGCAACAGAGCAUGAUGACAGUGAAAAAAAAAACAAAAAGAAUAACAAAAUUUACGUCUCAACUUACCCUGAAAUUAAUGAGGCCUAAGGAUAAGCUUGAACAUUUUGUAGCAAGUAUCAAAAACCAUUCUUGGUUCAGAAUAGAUUGUAUCGCUUUCAAUCUUUAUUGUCGAUCCGGAUUAUGA